UGAAAAAUAACUAGUCAGAGCUCGGAUUCGUUCCCGCUUUAAAAAAGAAGAACACCCUUAAAAUCUCGAUCCCCAAACUGUUAAGAAUCUUACGCGGGAAACAAAACCCUAUCUGGAGUUUGGCGACAUCUUAUUUAUUCAAAAUUCAUUAUCCAAUCACGAGUCGAAUGAAUAGAAACCCUAAUUUUUGUUUUUCGUGAAGUUCGAAACAAACCCUAAUUUUGUCCCAUGGAUGCGAAAGAUAUUCUAGGGCUACCUAAAAUUCCAUUUGGUACUAACCAAGAGAAGAAAACUAGACCUCCAAAAGAUUCUCAAAGGAAACCUGAUGGCGUUUCGAGAGAGGUUUAUGCUCUCACAGGUGGUUUGGCACCAUUAAUGCCCUCUUUUGACCCAUCACAUUUGAAGCGAAAAUCUCAAGCAGAGAAAGAAAAGAUUAGUUGGCAAUGGCUUGCAUUUACGUCUUCGGCUAGAAAAGAUAAUUUGCAACUUUAUCAUUGGGUUAAAGUUGUGAACGGUAUUCCGCCAACAGAUGAUUAUUCGUUUGCCAAGUAUAACAAGUCUGUUGGAGUUGUUAAGUACACAGAUGAGGAAUAUGAAAAGUACAUGAAUGAUCCUUCGUGGACCAAGGAAGAGACUGAUCAACUAUUUGACCUGUGUGACCGGUUCGAUCUGCGCUUUAUUGUAAUAGCUGACAGGUUUCCAUCAAGCCGGACGGUGGAGCAAUUGAAGAAUCGCUAUUAUGCUGUUUCUCGUGCUAUUGUGGUUGCCAGAGCUGCUUCUCCUGGUGAAGUUUCUGGUCAUCAUCUUGUCAAGGACCCUUACAAUAUUCAACACGAGAUUGAUCGCAAGCGUGCAUUGUCGAUGGUUCUCUCUCAGACAAAACAUCAAGAGCGCAAAGAUGCUGAGGUUCUUGCUGAGGCAAAACGAAUAACCGAAUCUCGUAUAAUUGCAAAGGAAGCUGAAGCUGCUGAGUUGGCGAAGGCCACUUAUGCUACUGCAGACAGCAAUGAAAGGGGUAUGACUGCUAUUGAUUUAUCACCAUCUUCAGACACUCAUAUACCAGGCUCAGCUGUUGUAGCGUCAACAACUUUUGCAGAUAUUACAUCUACUCCGGCUUCACUCCGAAUGCUUCGUGUGUUCUUGAGAACAAAUGCUUUUGACCAAAUGGUGCAAGUUGCAAACACAUCUGCUGGACUCAGAACUAGCAAGCGAGUUGAACAAACUAUAGAGGAACUCGGGGUUAAUCUAAAGCCAAAGGUCUUUACAAAAGCUGUCUGUGCUGAGCAUCUUGAAUUGCGAAGAGAAAUUCUCACAUUACUUAACCUUCAAAAACAGUUGCAAUACAAGGAGGCUGAAGCUUCGUCUCACCGUGAAGGUUCAUAUUCCGAGACACCAGGCACACCUAAGCGUUCUUAUCGACCUGGUGAUUAUGACCGACAAUUUCUUACUGAUUCAGCUAGUUUUGGAGGGGAUAGAGUUGUCAAACGAGAUCAUAAGCGCAAGGGUCCUGGAAGACCGUCAGAUGGUCCAUCAUCACCCACUCAACCUAAGAGGAUCAGAAAGAUGAAAGUUGAAAGUUGAAGGCAUCAAGGCAGAUCAGAUCUUGGCAAGUUUUAGCUUUAGAUAGAAAUUUAAAUUAAUCGCCCUAGGCUUGGGGCAAGCUUUCAAGUCUGACCUUUAUUUACUUUUUGCUUCCUCUUAUGGAAUAGUCCGGCUCCUGUACUAUGCCUGGUGAUGUGCUAUGUUCUCCGGAUCUGUAAAUCUUUUUUUUUUUAAUAGAGUUGUUAGGGAGGCUCACGUUUACUAUUCUGUCUGUUCUGUGCGUUAUUAUCAUCCCUAGUCACACACAACAAGGAUGUGUUGAAGGUGAUGUUUGUAUCCGUAAGUUCCUUCCUUACAAACAAGUACAAGUCCAAUUCUGUACUUGAACUGAAUCUUAUUCCGAAUUACAAAGAGAAUAUACCUAUUUCUUAAUUAUUAUUGUACAAGAAAGAAGAGGGUGACAUGGUUAUAUUUUCGUGUAGUUUUUUCUUA